AUGGCGGAUAGUCAGGAUUCUAUGACAAGCAGUGCUCUAAAAAGCAUGGCUGCCGGACUCAUGAAUACAUUCGAGUACCAAGGGAUUCUCUUUCCAGCCUACACCACACCAGAUACUCUGGUCGGAAUUAGAAACAUGGAUGUCAGAGAAGAUGACGUUAUAUUGACGUCAUACAUUAAAUGCGGUACACACUGGAUGGCUGAAAUUUUGUUGCUUAUACUUAAUUCAGGCAUCCCUCUCUCAAGCCAAGAUCGCUUCGAUCGAUCAUCUCAGUUGCUGGAGCUUCCCGCUUGGAUUCAUAAUAUGAGCAAAUCCUAUGAAUACAUUGCUACAAUUCCUUCCCCAAGAAUGUAUAUAACGCAUCUCCCGAUUCAGUUCCUGCCAGAACAAGUAUGGAAGAAAAAACCAAAGAUUGUAUACGUAGCACGCAGCCCGAGAGACUGCCUGGCGUCCUUGUUUAAUUACCUCAAACCUGAUCCUCAGCAAUAUACUUGGAAUGAGAUUUUCAAUUUAUUCACAUUGGAAAAGAUGCCUUACGGCUCAGUGUGGGAUCAUCAGUAUGGCUUUUGGAAGCGUCGCAAUGAUAGUAACAUCCUCUACGUCGAUUUUGAGGAUAUGAAAAUGGAUCCUGCCGGCAAUGCAGCUAAAGUAGCCGCCCACCUUGGCUAUGACCUCUCAGCUGAACAACUUGCUGAAGUCACUCGACUUUCCUCGCUCAACGAGAUGAAAUCCACCUACGCCAGACUUGAAGACGAGCUAGGCGACAAAGGAAAGCUACUCACCCAUGCUGCUGGUAUAUUACCAUUUCUUCACAAAGGUAUAUACGAAAGAUGA